AUGGCAGAAACAGCAGCAAAGAGACUGAAGACCUCGCCCAUCAGCAUUGGUACGCACAAUGGCCAUUUCCAUGCCGAUGAAGCUCUUGCGGUGUACAUGCUCCGACUCCUCCCCGCCUACCAAUCCUCCCAACUCAUCCGCACACGAGACCCAGCGCUGCUCCAGACCUGCCAUACAGUUGUUGACGUGGGCGGGGAAUACGAUGCCGCUGCCAAUCGCUAUGAUCACCAUCAGCGCACCUUCAGCACCACCUUCCCUGGCCGCCCAACCAAACUGUCAUCUGCCGGGUUGGUGUACAUGCACUUUGGCAAGGCAAUCAUCGCGCAUCAUCUAAGUGUCGCGGAAGAUGCAGAGGAGGUCGGUGUUAUCUGGAACAAGAUCUACGAGAGUUUCAUCGAGGCAUUGGAUGCACACGACAACGGCAUAUCGGCCUACGACCCCAAAGCUAUUGCCGCCGCUGGACUGGAGAAGAGAUUCAGUGAUGGGGGAUUCUCCUUGGGAGCGAUGGUCGGGAGGCUCAAUCCGAACUGGAACGACCCCGUACCCGCGGAUCCUGUUCAGGCCCAACAGGUCGAGGAUGAGAAGUUCUUGACCGCGAGCGCUCGGAUCGGUGAAGAAUUCUCAAGGGAUUUGAAUUACUACACCAAGGCAUGGCUGCCCGCCAGAGAUAUUGUGCACAAGGCGUAUGCGACGCGGCUAGAAUAUGAUUCACAGGGAAGGAUACUGGUGUUUGAUGGCCAGUCUGUUCCAUGGAAGGAUCAUCUCUACACACUCGAGGGAAACGAAGGUGGGGAUGCAAAAGUUCUUUAUGUCUUGUACCCUGAGAAACCUACCCCGGAUGCCAAGUGGAGAGUCCAGACUGUACCUGUCACCAAGGAUUCUUUUGAGAGCAGAAAAUCGCUACCGGAAGCGUGGAGAGGAUUCCGGGAUGAGAAGCUGGAUGAGAUAUCGGGGGUUCCUGGUGGCGUGUUCGUUCAUGCCGCAGGGUUCAUUGGCGGAAACAAGACGUUUGACGGUGCUUUAGCCAUGGCUGUCAAGGCACUUGAACUUUAA